UUUCAAUGGGAAAUGAAUCAACAAAAUCUGAUGGAAGAAAUGUCGAAAAUACUUCAAAUAAUCCAACAUCUUCAUCUUCAACAACUCAAAGAAUUCAAAAAGUAAUUAAAUCUGUCGGAGAAAAGCCAUCUACAGCAAUAAUUCAAAAAGCUUUAGAACAAGCUAAAAAAAGCAAAACUUUAAAUUUAAAAGGGACGGGAAUGAAAAUAAUGUCCCCAUUAAUUGAUGAGUUAUCAGAAGAAUUAAGAACAAUUGAUUUAACUUCAAAUAAAUUAAAACUUUUAUCCCCUUCAAUUGGCAAUUUUGUUAUGCUUCGACAAUUACAUUUAAGUGAAAAUAGAUUAAUUGAAUUGCCUGAUGAAUUGGGGUGUUUGAGGAAAUUGGAAGUUUUGAAUGUUUCUGGAAAUUAUUUGGAAAAAGUUUUGUUUGUUUAUUUCUUGUUACCCGAAUCAUUAGCCGGUUGUUCAUCACUUUCAAAUAUUUCCGUUUCAAAUAAUCGGUUAAAAGAAUUUCCGAUAGUUUUGACUUGUUUAAUUAAAUUGGAAUUGCUGGAUAUAUCUGGAAAUACAAUUACUGGACUUCCUAAUGAGAUUUGUAAUUUGCGGGCAAUUGAAUUAAAUUUACAAAAAAAUCGUUUGGCUUCAUUAAAUGCUUCAAAUUUGGAAAAAUGUGAAAGACUUAAAACACUCAGAGUUGAUGAAAAUUGUUUGGUUAAAGAAUGCUUUACUAAUGAACUUUUAACAAAUUCACAAAUUUCUUUAAUUUCUUUUGAUGGAAAUUUGUUUCAAGAAAGAGAAUUUCAAUCACUUCCAGGAUAUGAAAAUUAUGAAAAACGAUUUACUGCAACGAAGAAAAGACUUUUUUGA